AUGGGGUGCUGCCCAGGGGACUGCUUCACCUGCUGCCCUCAAGACCAAGACUGCUGUGAAGUGUGCUGCUGCCAGCCCGCCUGCUGCGGCUGCUGCGGCUCCUGCUGUGGCUCCUGCUGUGGCUGCGGGGGCUCCGGCUGCGGGGGCUCCGGCUGUGGGGGCGGCUGCUGCGGGAGCGGCUGCUGCGGGAGCAGCUGCUGUGGGAGCGGCUGCGGCUCCGGCUGUGGGGGCUGUGGGAGCGGCUGCUGCGGUUCCAGCUGCUGCGGCUCGUCCGGCUGCUGCGGCCCCGUCUGCUGCCAGCCUACGCCUGUUUGCGAGACGAAGUGA